AUGUCAUCAUCAUCAUCGUCAUCUAAUGAUGAAAUUCCGUCCAUGAUCGUGGCUGAUCAGGAUGAAAAAUCCAUGAAACAAGAACCACCAAAAUUUGAUGAGAAAGAUCAAGUCGAGGUGCCAUUGAAUCAAUUCUUGACUUUAUUGUCUGCCUAUGAUACUUAUUCUAAUGUACUUGAUGAUAUUAGUACUAGUCAAGCAAAGGAACCUCCUUUUAAACAUAUGCUCCAAGAAAUGGAUAUUGAAGGAAAGACUGAGAAGGAUAAAGUCACUUUGAAAUGUAAAUUAUGUGUUAUGGUUUUAGUUGACAAAUAUGCCAAGUUCAAGUUAUUUAAUGUAAAUGAAAAGUUUACUGUUUUAGAUUAUUCAGUUCAAAAGGAAAAGAAUGUCAAACCAGUUGACACAACCAAUGGAAAUAUUUCUACUUAUUUCGAGAGAGAUCAAGAGGAAGAAGUUGCUCUUGAAAAUAAUGUUGGUUUUAUUGGUGUAUUUGAUAACUCAUACUGUUUACACACCAAUGAAAAGGGCCGUUAUCAUGUUACUUUGAAUUUGUGUGUACCAUAUCAAACUGAUCAAAAGAAAUCCUUGGAAAUUAAUUUCCCAUUCACAACUCCAAGAAAUCAUUUGAGACGUUUUGAAAUUGAUGGUGAUUAUUAUGACAUUCACGUUGAGCCAUCCUCAGGUUUCAAGACUAAAUUUGAAGAAUCAAACAGAAAGAAGAGAACCAUCUUGACAGAUUGCUUGUUCCCUCCUACUCAUAAACUUUCUCUGUAUUGGACAAGAUCGGAGAAGGUUAUUCAAGAAAUCUUGAAAGCUCAAAAGGUAAAUGAAAAAGUCGAGAAGAAGGAAGAAAAGAAAGAAGAAAAGCAACUAAAUGUCAGUGUUGAUCAACAUGUUCUUCAUAGUAUUGGAAAUGGUUUAAUCUCAUCUUCAGUCGAUAUGGAUUAUACUAUUGUAAAUGGAUCUGUAAAUACCCUAUUUGUAUUAUUCCAAUUCAAGACUUCCCCACAAGACAAGUUUAACGAUAAGGAUGCUUGUCCAAUCAGAAUUCUUAAAGUUGAAGGAAGAAACAUUAAGAAUUGGGAAGUUAAAAAAUUGAAAUCUAACACCGCUCAAAGUAAUGCCCCAAGACAAGCUGUAAAUGAUAACCAAAGUGAAAGUAACUAUUCAAUUCAAUUACUCAACUCUGUCCACUCUGAUAACACCAAUUCUUCCUUCUUGCAAACAGCUGCAAAUUAUGGUGAUUUCUUCUUGAAGGUUACUUUGGAUACAGGUGUUGAAGGAAGUUAUCAAUUGAGAUUAUUGGCAGAAAGAGAUACAAGUGAAAGUUGUAAGACUCACCUUCCAACAUUUAGUUGUAUGAAUGUAAAUAGAGAUAAGGGUUUCGUUGGAAUUGAGGCAGUUCAAAAUGUUGAAAUCAAUGAAUUGAAAUAUGUUGGUUUCACCAAACUUGCCCCAACAGAAUUACCACAAAAAAUUACUUCCAAGGCAUGCGAUUCCUUACUUUUUGGUUACAAGUUUUUACAAUCUGUUGGAAAUGAUUUAUUCUUAGAGAUUAAGAAACACGACGAAGUGGCUGUUUUGGUUGCUGUUAUUCAAGAGGCUGUAUUCACUGUUACAUAUAGUGACAGUGGUUUCUUAUUCUACUAUGUUGCUAUGAAGGUAAAGAAUUCAAGUCAAAACUAUGCUAGAGUUCAACUCGUACCACCAGGAGUGAAGUAUAGUCUCUUCAGUACCAGUGUCAAAUCAGAAAUUGUUAGACCUGCAAUUGAUAAGGAAGGCAAUAUUCUUGUGCCACUCAAACGCGGAACAAGUGAUAUGAUUUUCUCAGUUGAACUCUUCUAUACUGUUCCAGUAUCAGAGUUGAUGAAGGAUUCUGGAAGACUUGAAGUUGUCCUUCCAAAAUUCAACAUUCCAACAAACAAAUCAUACUAUGUCGUCAACUUACCAGAUAAUUAUAAUUAUGGUGAAUUUGAAGGAUCCAUGAAGGAAGUCAACUCAUUUGACACUACACCAACAGUCAAAUCAUUGAUUUCCACUGAAGCAUCAUCUGCACAUUCCCUAGGAGGAUACAAUAUUUCUAAUUCUAUUAGACCUCAAGCUAAGCAGCAACUUCAACAACAACAACCAAUGAUGCAAAUGAUGUCAAAUGUCUACAUGCCACAAUCAAAUGUAUACUCACCUCCACCACAAAUGCAAUACCAACAACAAGCAAGAAAUAUUUCUCGAAAUAGAUCUUCUUCCCCAGGAUUUUUUGAGGAAGAUGAAAGGGCAUACAGUGACGAUGAAUUAGCAUAUAGUGAUGAGGAUGAGGAUGAUUCUGCAUCAGACUCUGGAUCAGAGGAUGGAUUUGGUGGUGCUUCAUCUUCAAACAUCACCAGUAAUGGACCAUCUGGAAUGGUUACUGGUGUUAUGCCUGUUAAGCUGCAAGCUAUUUCAACAGGUAGACCAUUCCUUUUCCAAAAGAUGCUCAUCUCAGAAAAUGAAGAUCAUCUUAAAUUAAGUGUUGAGUACAAGAAACAAAUAGAAUCUGUUCUCAACAAGAGAACUCUCCUUCCAGUGACCGAAGCUUUCUGGGGAGUCUCUCUUAUAUUCAUUGGCUUUGUUCUCUACCUCCUUUUCUGCCUUAUUUCAUACUUUUUGUAACAUUCCAAUAAACUUGUACUGAUAUUGGUUG